AUGGCGUGCCAGCGGCAGCGAAGUCUUCCACCAAAUGAGAUUAACCGAUCUGUUCAGAACAGGUCGCCCUACUUGCCACCGCCUGGUAAGUUCGGGACGAAGUUCAAUUACGCAACAGUGAUGCGUAGGCUGCUAGUGAAGAUGACAGUUAAUACUCUGCCCAUAACCUGCUGGCGGCGGCCCGCCUCCCCCACCCUCGCCCUGCUUCGCCGCCGCCGGACUGACUUCCUGGCGAUAGCGAGGGUGGGUUCCGCGGCCGCGAUAGCGCCAGCGCCUUGUCUUGAUGGAAAAGAAGUGUUGUCCGCCGCUAUCGGCCGCCAGAUACCGCCGCCGCCGCCGCCGCCGCCGCCGCCGCCGCCGCAUGCGACGACCGACGCCCGCCCGCCCGCCGGCGUGGCGCAGCGCGGCACCGACACCACCACCAGUACGCGCACGCCGCCAUCCGUCAACGCACGCGGUCCGCGCAAAGCCUCAGUCCACACCCCGUGGCGCAGUGCUGGUCCUCGCACUAACGCGCCCGCCCACUGCUGGGUAAGGCACAGUGCACGCUGCAGCAGCGCAGGCUCCGGUGUGGGAGCGCGGCCUGCGGCCGGCGAGCAGGUGGGCGCCUCUCGCUCUCUGCCUGUUCCCCUGCCUCUGCCUCCGCCCGGGCCCGUGUCAUCGCCGCGCACGCCCCCGCGGCGCCGUAUUUAUGUUCUGUUUGUUUUGCCAGUUAUUUAUUGA